AUGUCUGCCAUUGCUGAUCAAACCGGCACUGUGGGCUUCACCCAUGAAGCUCUUGACCAACAAGUUGAGACCUUCUAUCGCAUCAUCGGCGACUUGAAGUCAGGCCAGCGACCCUUGAUUGCAGCUCAUGGCGGUCCUGGCUCAAGUCACGAUUACUUCUUGAACCCUCUUGCGAGUUAUCCUGAAGAAACUGGCAGACCUUUAGUGCUGUACGAUCAAGUCGGCAAUGCAAAGAGCACCAACUUCACCUUUGAGUCAAAGUCGCUGCCCAACCUGUCAGUCGAUGUAUAUACUGCUGAACUCAACAACCUGGUGACAAAGCUCGGCAUCCAGGAGUUUGACUAUCUUGGUCACUCCUGGGGCGGCAUGAUGGGUCUCGAGUACGUGAUCAAGUACCAACGCAAGAUUAAGCAUCUAAUCCUGGACUCUGUUCCUGCUUCCGUCGAACUGUGGACGAACAAAAUCAAGGAUACCCUGAACGAGCUAGACCCCGCUGAACGGGACCUGGCACUGGAACUGGACGCCGCCCAGAAAUAUGACGAUCCACGACUGCAAGCCAUUCUGAAGAAGCUGCAAGAUAAGCAUGUGUGCCGAUUGGACCCUUGGCCCGAAGCAGCUCAGGGUUUCUUUGGCAUCGUCAUGGGCAAUCCAGCUGUAUAUGCGACUAUGCUGGGACCUAGCCAAUUUGCUACAUUGGGAGCACUAAAGGGCUGGUCUGUUGUUGGUCGCUGCAAGGAUAUCAAGGUACCAACACUGGUUCUUCACGGCGAGUAUGACUGGGCGGACGAAGCUGGUGUCAAGCCUCUUGUUGAAGAGAUUGAGGACAGUCGCCAGGUCACACUCAAGGGAUGCAGCCAUAUGUGUCAUUUGGAAGAUACGGAGGCGUUUAAGAAGGAGGUUUUUGGGUUCCUUAACAAUUAG